AUGGUUGCUCUUCUAUUGACGUCCUCUUUGAGCGCGCCAGUGCGAAAUGACGCCCGAGCCGUUUCAACGCCGACAGGCACUCAAACUUCGGCGAGCAGUCCCGCCAUCACGGCUCAAUCCCCUGUGGUGUCUCCCGCUACGGUCCAAGCCAGUAGUAGCACUCCGACCUCCUCUACCACCGGCACUUCUUCUACCAGUACCUCUGCUUCAUCGACAGGUUCUUCAUCCAGUACUACUUCCUCUAUGGCUUCUACAUCUCCCACAACCAACAGCGUAAUCGCUCCAGAUACCACUUCGCCGCCACCUAAUGCUGACCUCACUGUCGUUUCCGUGCCAAGUACUAUUACAACCUCGUCCUCGCCGAGCACACCUAGCUCUUCGUCGUCGCCGUCGCCGUCGUCCACCUCCCUCUCCAUGUCUCCUUCGGGCAAUACCUCUUCCUCCGCUUCCCCACUGGUGGUCCCGUCUUCUACUACAACUCCGACGCCUUCUGUUCCAAUUUCUACAACAUCUAUUACUUCGACAGCGUCUAGCACUUCGACGACAUCUAGUGCUGCUGUCUCGGUACCUGGUGCAACACAGCAGACAACGCAGCCUUCAACACCCACUGGGUCACCCUCAUCUGCAGGGGCCUCAGGCCCUUCAUCAAGUGCUGAUGUUGGGGACAUCGUCCCGAAUGGGGUUGUAACAGCAGAAAUCACAUCGAUGGGCCCGGUACCAUCUCAGUCCGCUAUAAUCUUCACUAUCGCGCCCCUCCCCCAAACCUCGUCGACUUCUGGAACUUCACCUCAACCUAUGUAUACCCCUACGGAGAAUUCGAGCAUGUCCGCUAGCUCAAAGCCAAAAAGCGCGACCAUCGCUGGUGCCGUUGUAGGCAGCAUAUUUGGUUCAAUCGUCCUCGUUGCGGCGCUGCUCUUUUUCAUUCGUCGCCGCGCACAGCGGAACCGCCAGCAAAAGGCUCAGAUGCGCGCGCAGCACAUGAGUGUACAGGGAUCUGUCCUCGGAUACAGUGCGGACCCGUUCGACAGCGCAGGCGUCGAGUCCGUGCGCACGGUUGCCGACGCGUUCCGCGGGAUGUCGCAUUAUUCAACCCCGAGCUCAUCCAGUUAUAUCGCGCCGGGAGGCUCAAGCGUCGACAGCAUCACCAUGGUCGGCGCUGGUGGUUCCAGCACACCGCGCUCGUGGCUGGGUUUCGGCCGGUCGCCUCUCAGCCAGAGCACCACUAGCCCGGACGAGUUGCGUGGCCAGCAACAGAUGGCUGCCCGGGCCUCGCCCAGACCUUCAGUUUCAUUUUCCGCAGACACGUCUCCCCCUGGCCAACGCCCGACAUGGUUCCCCUUCCGCAGCUCGCUGUCCAUGCGUGGUGCGCAGCGCGACUCUGCUGCAUCUGUUUCAUCGCUAAGCCAGUACACGCCUUCGCCGAGCCAGCACGCCCCAUCCCCGCUGCGACGCUCGUUCGGCGAUCCGUUCUCGGACAGCGCGUCCGCCUCACGCGAUCGCCCGGACGAGUUCACCGCUGUGUAA